GGUUAAGUCCUCGUGACGUCACAGCUGUAUCCUGUGUUUACAUUUUUCAAAUUGAACAAGAUAACACGCAAAGGAAGUGUAUUCGAGUUAUUUUGAAAUUCAGGACUCCUAAAUACGACUGAGUGGCAACAAUGGGUAAUUUCACAAGCAAGCACCUAGAAGAGGUUCUGAAGCCAACAAAAUCACAAGAAACACCCAAGUCACAAGUUUUGCCUUUUGACCCUCGCUCACCAUCAGAUGACAUCACAAGAACACCCAUAGCUGUCUCAGACACCCCUGACACCAGCAGUUCAGAGUCAACACCCAGAGAUGGAAAGGUUGUUAGAGUUUUACAGCUUGAUCCUCGAUCUCCAAAUGUUGAAGUGAGUCGCACACCUAUUGUUAUUGAAACCAAUGAAACUCGCCGGAGAAACUAUGCCCUAAAACCAUCCAAGCUUGCACAACUUGACACUGAAAAUAAACCUGACAACAUGGAAGAUGGUGAAGAUCAGGACCCAAGAUCACCUACCACCAAAGUGCCAAGAACACCUCUUGAAGAUAAAGUUCAUGUCUUUGAAGACUCACAGCCUGUGAAAGAAAACAAGGAAGAUGAUGAUAGAAAAGAGGAAGAAGUAAAAGAUGAAAACCCCAAGAAGAAUCAAGAGAAUACACUUGUUAAGAAGCUCUUCAUUGAUGAGGGAUCUUCAGAAAAGCCAAGGCGCCCACUUGCCUCUGUCCAGAACACCACAGCUGGCAAGACCCCUCGUGGACUCAUCCAAGCCAAACAAUGCAGAAAUGUUGAAGAGGAAUACAACAAGAACCAUCAGCUCAUCCUCACACAGUUGACAGAUCAAGAAAAUACUGUGACAUCAAGCACACAGUUUGUAGAGAGUAUCUAGAAGCUUCUUACUAUUAAUUUUUUUCCCCUUUUAUGUCCUAUGACUUGUUAUUAUUGAUAUUCCUUUUUUAUUAUUAUUUACUGUUAUUCCUGAGCUCUAAUGUAAUGAUACAACAUUUUGUGUCUUCCUUUUUCUGUCACUUUGUGGUUUAAUGCUGGUUAUGCCCAACUACAUGCUUAAGAAAUGAAUGCAAUAACUAUAUAAUAUACAGUAAUAAUGUGUUAACACAUCUGGUAAUGAGGCAUUAGGUUAGCUUUUUAGUUAGGUUAUUUCAUUUACAAAUUUGUAUUUCUGUUAUUAAAAAGGAGAAAUGUACUUACAUAUUUUCUUUUAAAUGGGCAACUUAAACUGUAACUUAGUAUUUUUAUCAGUUUAUCAACAUGAACUUUUGAAAAGCUGGUCUAUAUCAGUAUACAAGAUUGCAAGAUUUCAUGUAAAAAAUUAUUACUUUUUAUUUAGCCAGAUAUGUAAUGGAAUUUUUUUCUUGGGUAUAAUGUGUCCUUUUAUUGGUUGGUGCUUGGGUUUGUUUUCAUUUAUGCUUUUAAAUUUUAUCAUACUGUUUGUAGAUGGAAUAGUUCUUUUAGUUGCAAAUUUCCUUUCUUAACAAGUAGGCCUAUGUAUGGUUGUGCCAAGGAAAGAAACUAGUCCUCAACUAAUAUAACUUCUUUAAUCUAUCACCUGGAUCCUAACAGUUUAUUCUGUUGUAUGCUGUUUCCUCUUUUAAUACUCAUGCUGCAGUAAGCAAAAUGUAAAUAUUUGGAAAUGUGAAUAAACUUUUCAUUGUUUAAA